UCGUAUUUACAUCUCCUGACCAAUCAGCGGUUAGUAAAUAUUUCCGUGUAGGCCUUCAAGUCAAAGCAGCGGUAUUGUAGUGUGUGCGACUUCACAACGUACAUUUUUGGCUUAUAUCUUCAAUAAUGCCGUAUGCUAACCAGCCGACGGUGAAAAUCACAGAACUGUCAGACGAAAAUGUCAAAUUUGUCAUUGAAAACACAGAUUUGGCGGUUGCAAACUCUAUCCGCCGUGUCUUCAUGUCAGAAGUUGCGACGAUAGCGAUUGACUGGAUCCAGAUCGAUGCCAAUUCAUCAGUACUGCACGAUGAGUUCAUCGCUCACAGAGUCGGUCUGAUUCCUCUCACAAGUGAUGACAUCGUUGAAAAACUGCAGUAUUCUAGGGACUGUACCUGUGAUGAUUUCUGUCCCGAGUGCUCUGUGGAGUUGACGAUGGACGUCCGAUGCACCGAAGACCAGACACGCCAUGUCACCUCACGCGACCUUUUGUCGAAUAACCCCAGAGUGAUCCCAGUGACCUCCAGAAAUCGAGACAAUGAUCCCAAUGACUAUGUUGAACAAGAUGACAUUCUACUGGUGAAGCUCCGUAAGGGUCAGGAGCUGCGGCUCAGGGCGUACGCAAAGAAAGGCUUCGGGAAGGAGCACGCCAAGUGGAACCCCACAGCGGGCGUGUCCUUCGAGUACGACCCCGACAACGCACUGAGGCACACAGUGUUCCCCCGGCCUGAGGAAUGGCCAAAGAGUGAAUACUCAGAGAUUGAGGAGGAUGAGGUGCAGGCUCCCUAUGACCCCAAUGGAAAGCCCGAAAGGUUCUUCUACAACGUGGAGUCGUGCGGCUCUCUGCGGCCGGAGACCAUCGUCAUGUCGGCGCUGGCUGUCCUCAAGAAGAAGCUGAGCGACCUGCAGACUCAGCUGAGCCACGAGAUCCAGAGCGACGUGCUCACCAUCAACUGAGGGCCCACUGAGGGCCCCUCCCUCACAGAGAAGACCUGCAUUAACACAGCUUUGAAAUCAACAAAGGGCUGAUUCAGCACUGUUCAGGACACAAGUCAUUGGAUCUGUGUGUGUGUUAUCAGAGAAUAUGAGGACAUGUAUUCCUGAGAGCAGUGAUUGUAGCUUCAGCUGUGUCAAAGCAGCCAAUGCAUGCUCAGUGUCUGUCAGGGAGUUUGUGAUACAAAAGCUAUUUUGUUGUUGUCUGAAUAUGAUUUUGAUAAAUAUUACUUUUUGAAUAAA